UUCUUUUUUGUAACAGCACCCUAGUCUGAAGGAAGAACACGUCUACAAUGGCAAGUGUGAGGGAUUUCGUCCACUUCAAUGCCAAGUCGGAUGCGGAACUGCUGCGCAAGGCCAUGAAAGGAAUAGGCACGGAUGAAGAUACCAUCCUGAUGCUCCUGACAUCUCGCUCCAAUCGACAGCGCCAGGAAAUCAAAGCAGCCUUCAAGAAAGCCCACGGCAAGGACCUUGUUAAGGAAUUAAAGUCGGAGCUGGGUGGCAAGCUGGAGGACCUCAUAGUGGCCCUGAUGAGUCCACCGGCCUCCUACGACGCUAACGAGCUCCACAAAGCCAUCAAGGGAGCGGGAACAGAGGACAGCGUGCUCAUAGAGAUCCUGGCAUCCAGAACCCCUGAGCAGAUGAAGGAGAUCAUCAAGGUCUAUAAAAAAGACCACGGUGGCAAGCUGGAGAAGGACAUCAUGGGCGACACGUCGGGCCACUACCAGAGGAUGCUCGUGAUUCUGCUGCAGGCAAACAGGGAGGAAGGAGUGGACGAGGCGAAAGUCGAGAAGGAUGCGAAGGAGCUGUACGCUGCCGGAGAGGAGAAAUUCGGCACAGACGAGGACAAAUUCAUCAAUAUCCUUGGCAACCGCAGUGUCGAACAUCUGCGCAAAGUGUUUGAUGCCUACAAGAAGAUCGCUGGGUGUGACAUUGAGGAGAGCAUUAAGGAUGAGUGCACCGGUAACCUGGAGGGUAUUCUGCUGGCCGUGGUGAAAUGUGUCAAAAGUGUUCCUGCUUACUUUGCUGAGCUUCUCCAUGACAGCAUGUGUCGUGCUGGGACGGACGACGAGACGCUGAUUCGAGUCAUGGUGUCCAGGAGCGAGAUAGACAUGGUGGACAUUCGGGCACACUUCAAGCGCAUGUACCAGCAGCCUCUCUACACAACCAUACAGGAGGACACAGGUGGGGACUACGAGAAGGCUCUGUGCUACCUGUGUGGAGGGAAGGACUGAAGAUCUCCAGAGCUGGCCAGUCGCCUUCACUGAUCUCCAGUCAGUUUCAAUCCCUUCUCCUCUGGACUGUUGUGUGUUAAACUUCAAAAUAUGUCAUGUUGUUGUUUGCGUUUCAUGAUAUUUAAGUACUUCAUAUUUUUUUGCAUUAAAAAAUAUCAUUUCCGAGGCAUUAACAGUAUGGGGUUACACUUUAUUUUAAUGUCCGUGUUACAAUAGUUUGGUCGUUUCACAAAGUAUGCAAUAGCAUGUACAAUGUAACGCUGUGUACUUCCACUGUACUUUAGGGUAGAGUUAGGGUUAGAUAUAUACAGUGUAAGUACAUAGUGUUAAAUGUUGAUACAUAGUAGAUUCACCAAGACAGGAACCUUAAAAUAAAGUGUGGCUCAGUAUGACAAUGUGUGUAUCAUAGUGUAGGUGUGUGAGCAUUUGUAGUCCAUCGCCAUCAAGUGUUUAGCCAGCAUAGUUACAACAAGGAGUUAUCAUUCAUGUCAAGCACUCAUGGAUAAACAAAACCCUUUGAUAACUGUGUAUUUUAUUAUUUCAACUGUGUUUAUUGGCUGUGUAUGUAAUAACGACACUAUAAUAUUCAUCAUAUUCAUUAAAAGAUCAUCAUCCUCUAUAUCCUGAACUUAAUUACUUU